AUGCCUUACCUAAAAAGAGGCAUGAUCGAUGUUCUCUCUGUGCGUGCAGAAGGAGCGUCACCCCUUGCUGACUGUUUAUUCAAGAUAGAUGGGACGAGUUCGGUGCUAAUCGCAGGAGACUAUGUGACGGUGGUGAAGGCGAAGGAUACUGACUGGGGCGACUUGGAAGAGCCGGUUAAGCGAAGCAUUCUGGACCACUUGAUGUCUGGGUUACCUGCUAUCCAGCCAGUUGCAUCUUCAGAGGAAAUUUCCGUCCCAGAAGGCCGGCGACAGGAGCCGCAACAGCAGUCAAAACCUGACGAAGAGGAAGAUUUGUCCGAAGCGAUCAGAGAGCUGCUGCACAUGCGAGCACGCCCCAUGCUUCAGGCUGAUGGAGGCGAUCUUGAGAUGAUGCGGUUCGAUGAAGAAACUGGCAUUGUAUGGGUGCAUUUGAAAGGCAGCUGCGAGGGCUGUCCAAGUUCUCUUAUCACCGUCAAAAGAGGAAUGAAACAAAUGCUACAAUACUAUAUUCCAGAGGUCGAAGACGUGCGGCAAUGCGACGAAAACGGCGAUCCACUCGAUGAGGAAGAUGAUUAA